AUUUUGCAAACGAAUUGUUGAUUAUUUUUGAAUUAGUUCAUAUUUUUGGGCUUGUGAUACCUCGUUGUUGUGGGAUUUUUAGUGUUUAGUGUUUUUACCAAUGUUACUCUAUUGUAUCAGCGUGCGUUUGUUGCAUAGCAUUUGAAACAUCAGCCUGUUCGAGUUGACCUGCUUCGACCGUGAUUUUAAAAAGGUCAUCACCACGCGCGCCUUCUUCACCUACCUCCAGCCUUAGCCUGUAUUCAUCACUGCCAACUAUUCCGCCCUACGCGCUUCAUGUCGCCAUGAUAGACGCGAUCCAUGUUAAAUCGAAAGACCGAGCCAGGAAACUGGGUUGUUGGCGCACGUGACGUCACAGCACGAGCGUCAUGAGUCAGCCUCAGGACGAGGCCCGAGCGGCCAGGAUACAGAAGUAUAAAGAAGAGAGGAGGAAGCAGCUGACGGCGAGAACUGCGACGCUUUUCUCGGAAAAUGUCACGCAAAGGCGCCCGAGAAGAGCGGAACGGACGCCUUUGGAGGAACCGGCUGCUAAUCUUAAAUCCUCUUCAGAAUUAAACCUCAACUCCAUUUCUACUUCAGUGCCUAUUAGAACUACACGUACUUCACGCUUAAGAGCUGCCGCCGCCAACCAUGCUGAUUCCUCGUCCUCUCCUAGAAAAUCCACGAGAAGUUCUUCCGUUCAAUCUCUUCUAGAAGAUAAUAAAAAAUCGCCCAAGAGCUCGAAAAUAAUAGAUAGAGAUAAAACUAAGUCCACUCCCAACAAAAGGACUAGUAAUCAGAAGGAGAAUCAGAAAGCCAUUCCUGACACAUGCCUUUCUGAUAAGGAAAUUGGUGCUAUUAGAUCGAAACCUAAACAUUCCAGUAAAAAUAUUUUAGAAAAAGACAAACUUAAUUUAUUAGUCAGUAGUCCUAAAGAAAUUAAUGUUGACGAAAACAGUGGUUUGAAGUUAGAAAAAACUCAAUUUGAAAUUGAAGACAUUGAAUCUAAAGAUAGUGAUGUAGAAAGUAAAGAAAACGUAACAACUGACUUACAUGUCAGCGGAGAGGAAAUUUUGAAUGAAGUUUUACUUGAUAAAACCAUUUCUCCUAGUUUGGAAAAGGAAAAAUUUGAAGAUUUAUUUAAUAGAUGUGUCGUCGAAGAGGAGAAAGUUCAGAAGAAACCGCUGAAUAAUAACGAUAAUUAUUUGGAUAAUAAUUUAACCAAUGUGCUCAAUAAUAGUCACAAAAGUAACAUUCCUAUUAUGAAAGAACCUGCGAUUAAGAAGUUAGACGUUAUUAUGAAACUAGAAGAUAGUGUAGUAGUGCCAAUGGUUAAGGAUGUGGAAGUGGGGGGUUUGUUGGGGGCUGUGUGUGUUCGUAAAGUUGAACGGUUCAGUGAAUUGCUCAGUAAUCUUUGUUCCCCUUGUGAAGCCGACGUUUUAUUUGAAGACAUCUUAGUUGAAAACGGGAUCGACUCUGGCGGUGAAUCGCGGCCGUCGCCACCAGAAUGCACGGCGCCGUGUCGUCGCGCGCAACUCUCCCCGCGCGUCAGCAGCACGCCGAAGCGUGCGCCGGCGCAAACCGUCGUCGCCAACGAUGCUGGAACUGUCGCGAAAACAAGAAACCGUCGAUCCCUCGAAGCACCGCCCACCAAGACUGAGAACUCACUGCCGUCUUCCAAACUAUCUCCUAAAACUAAUUUUAAUUUAUCUUUCGGAAUCAAAACCUCGCCACCUAAAUCCUCUCCUCCUACCGUUUCAACUCAGAAAUCGACAGAAAGGAGAAGAAGUUCUGAAACCGUCACUAAGCCUAGCUGUAUACCUCUUUCCAAGAAAUCUGUUGAAAAACAAACCAGAACCUCCAUAUCACCGAUAAAACAAGAACCCAAAAAACAGACGUCGAAAGCUGAAAAUAAAUCAAAGGCGGAGCCAUUGAGGCGCAAGUCCUUAAGUAAAAGCCCGGAGAAGGCAAAAAGUGAUACCGAAAGUAAUCGUAACGAUAGAAGACAUCGAGCUCAAAAAGAAUUUGAAAGUCUUAGUGAAAAAUAUCAUUCAAAGAAAAGACUGACUAGUUUAGAGAAUAAAUCUUCAGGAGACACGAAUGUUGCUAAAAACGCAUCGCCUAGUAAAAAUAUAUUAAAUGACAAUUUACAAGUUGCUAAGCCUGAGGCGAAAGUCGGAACUAGCCUAGAAAAUUGCAAAGAUUCUACGAAAAUGUCGACACUACAUGAAACCAUGAGACCACACACUGGUAGCUCUAGACUUUCGCAGGAGAUGGAUAGCUUAGCUGCAUUGACGAAACAAACUUUAGAUAGGGUUAACAAAUUAUCGAAUAACUUAAAUAGUAAUAAAAUAAAUUUAGACUCGUCUGAGCCACGUUUUGACACAACGUUAUUUGCAUCGACUUCUCAACACAAAGAUAAUGGUCCUGCUUUCACUUUUGGUCAUACUAGCGAGAAACUAACACAGAACAGAGGUGUAACUGAAAGGUUGAGGGACAUUGACACGGCAGCUCAGAGGUUGAUCGACUUUGAAAAACAAAGUGCAAUGUUUUCUGAUCUCAAUAAUGAUACUUCUAGUCAAUUCCGCCGUCUUGAUGCAACGUCGACGUCCUGUAAUCAUACACCUGUGUCUAUUUUGAAACGAAAAUCUAUCAAUGAUGACAGUGCAAUUAAUAAUGCUUCUAAUCACGCGAUUGCUUCUCCACCGGUUACAUUUUCUCCGAGCGUUAUCGAACCACGUCAAUGUCGCUCUGACCGACAACGACAAGGGAUACUGAAGAAGCGUCGCAGCUUAGAUGAAUCUCAGGUCGCUAGAAGGCGAUCCUGCAGCCCAGAAGUAUCAUUCGCCGAAGACGGAUCACCGGACACGAACAAACCAAUAUUAAAAAACCGCAGAUCAUCUUUAGAAGAUGUUGUUAGAAACAGAUCACCUGAUGGACAAAUACAGGGAAUACUAAAGAGAAAAAUGAGCAGAGAAGAAGAAAAUGUCAACGACGAUUUGUCUCACAGCUCCCCUGAACCGCACGGCAUUUUGAAACGGAAAUCAAAUUCUAGUUCCAGUAGCAGCACAACGUCGUCUCACGUUUCAAUUGCUCAAGCAGUUUUAUUGGCAGCCGCUGGCGGCGCCGAGAUAGUUGACGAUGAUAAGGAAACUGUUAGACCAAUCUUAAAGAAAACGAGUUUUUCUGAAGAGCGGCCAUGUGUUGAUAUACCUAUUUCCGACACACCCAGGCCUAUUUUGAAGAAAAAAUCGGUGGAACACGAAGAAUAUGACUUUGAACUUCCGAAAAAGCCAAUUUUGAAAUCAUGCAGAAAAUUGUCAGGUGAUGAGGGACACACUUCAAGUUUCGAUCUCAGUGAAGACGACAGAAGCUCUCGCCGGUCCUCGCUCCUUAGGUCACGCACGUCAGAUCAUUCUGGGUCGGAAUGUGAAGCUACUGUAAGGCCUAUUUUAAAGCAGAGAGGUUCGAGUCUCACUAGGGAACGUAGCCAAUCGCCGCGCCCACGGCUCUCAUUUUGUGCGGACAACGAUGCGAACAUCAGUGUCACGAAUUUCAGUCGCGAUGCGAACGACUUGUUGGCGGCUGGACCGCGACGCGUGUUGAAUCUCUCGCUCGAGCCGGAAGAGAGUGCUAAAAAUCCUUACCCGAGUGCUGUGCUUAGACGAAGAAAUCUCCGACCGAAAACGAACCCUCGAUCUAAAAGCUUAAUCGGAGACGUCAACGAUGAACUCCUAUCGAUAUUAAACAAUCGCCGAUUAAAAGUCGACGAAAAUAGUGAAAACGCACGUUUUGAUCUGUGGGGUCAAGAAAACUCGCAGGAAGUUGAAGGUAGUAAUCCUAAACCGUUUCCUUCAAUUGCUGCGCGUAUAAAAAGUAUGGAGCAAGCUCUCACUAAAGAGUUUUCUCCCAGAGACCAGCCUUCGACGUCAAGAUCAAAACAGCGCGACCGCGACCGUUACAAGACGCAGCCCAUCACUGUCGAAGAAAUGCGGUCUAUAACUUCCAGUUUGGAGCCGGGCCAAGCGAGUUUCCAAGUGUUCGGCCCCGCGGGCUGUAGUUUUCCGAGUCAGCCCGUCGAGUCCGGUGCUCCUCUGACGGCCAGGAGCGCGGGAGAACCAGACCGGCCCUUUGCAAACUUUGCAAACUUCGCAACCUUCGCAACCCCACACUCGCCACCCUUUACGAGCUUCAGUGCCCACAAUCCUACAACAUUCAACGGCUUCACCGAUCCGGCAGUCAAGGACGACAGCUUCGGCGAGGCCACUUUCCUAGACUUCGAAAACAUUGCUGCGAUUGCGAACCUCGAAAGAAAGCAGUCGACCUUGGAUGAGAUCGAGCAGGAAGUGAACAAAGUCCAAAUUGCAUUAGACGAGGACAGUCGCGCCUUGGAAAACUUGGAAGACGAGCGUCAGGAAGGUGACAAUUGGAGUCUGAACGUCUCUUGUGACAGUGGCGUGUAUAACCGUGCAUCUUCCAGAGACUCCGGCCCGCAUUCAGGCGAAGAACUAGGCUUAAUCGAGAGCCAAGAGAUCAAAGAAAACCACGCAACGAACAGCAGCAACGACUGGUCUCCAUCGUCCAUCGAGCAGGGCCUGAUCGCGAUGGACAGACAGAGGAAGUCGACAGAGACCGAAGGGCAGAGCCCUGAGAGUGACGAUGAGAGGGAGCAGACCGGCUUUAACCUGGGGCUCGUUAAGAGCAACAGUGUUGUGGCCCGAGCAAGCAUGUGGCAGCAGCUGCAGCAGCAAGCGAAAGGUACCCCAAAACCGUUGAUCCGCCACAACCGAUCGAAGAACAUGGAUGGCUCGAUCUCGGAUCGGUACAAAACGCAGCCCAUCUCCUUCUCACCCACACAACCACCACUACCACCGCCGCCGGCCGAACCUCCGAAGGAACUGCCUCCUCUCUCUCAGUCCAAAAGCACCGCCAAUGUGUUGGACAGAGACGAAGAUGCUAAGUUAGACGAGGACGACCCAGCGAAGAUGUCACUCAUGGAGAAGAUGAAGAUGUUCAACUCUAAGCUGACCCACAAACCUCCCGUGGCCGGGUUACCUAGACCCAAGGAGGAAAGAGUACCUCGGACGUCGCGACUGAAGACUAUGCCAGUAUUAGCCAGCCAAGUGCAAGAGGCGAUGGAGCAAAACGAAAGACUGACGAAGUCUUUUACACACAAUGAGGUCCCGCGUAACCCAGACUUUGCGUUGAAAAUGGAACUGUUCAGAUCAGCGAGCGCCAAGAAUACGUCGCUAGAGUAUCUGAUGAGGCAGAACGCAAAGUUUAGGAGCUUAGAUCUCGACGAAGAUUCGCCAGCGGAGCGGGCGCAGAGAAUGAUCACCCCGGAAGUCAGGGGCAUCCUCAAGGCCGGGGCGACAGUCGUGCCCAAAACUAAGACCUUGGCGAAAGGAGAAAGUUCUGAGGGUCUUAAGGACGAAGGCAUCGACAGCUCCUCCGAUGACGAAUCCACCGCGUCCAGCGUUUCAUCAUCAGAAAAAAGCUGUUCAUCAUCGGAGAGCUCUGACGAGAUCCCUGGCCCCAAGCCCAGGCGGUUCCAGAGGAAGAACAACAAGCUGAAAUCCUCCAGGACUGAUUCUGAUCUUCCCAAGGUCCUUCAGGAGCCUUUCCCGAGAAAAAUAGUCCCAGCAAACGACCCUAGAAAAAUACAAUUACCAGGAGCCAAUGAAUUAAAGGAGAGGUUAACCCAGAUGAACAACGAACCUAAACCACUACUUGGCAAACUCGGUAGAAAACCAUCUGUAGAAGUGAAAAGCGAAGACGAGAAACCGUACAGCAGAUUUGUGAAGAAAAUCGAAGAACCUAUACAGUUAGGUAAAUUGAGGAGGCCGGAGAGUAAAAUGACGAGUCCGUUGAAGAUGGACCAGAAACCUCCGCAGGUGCUGAAGAUAUCCGCUUUGAAUCAGGAGGCGAAGAAUAAGUUCUUCGGGUUGGAGCCAAAGAAGAAGAGUCUUGAUGAGUUGACGGCGGCGGUUAGGAAAUACAUUCCACCUGUGAGCAAGUCCAUGUCAGUGCACACCAUCGAGCUGACCGGCUCUGGCAGCGACGGGGAAAGCAGCGGCGGCAGAGAGGUCAGGCACAUCAACACCAGAGUGCGCCAUAACAGGCUCGGCGGCGGCGUGCAGCGGAGCGCCACGCACGCCGAGAUGCCGCACCGAGGAAGCACCAUUGCCGAAAGGCUCGCCGCUCUGCAAGCGGCGGGUGCCAACGACUGGCGCGCCAGAGUAUGCCGGCUCAGUCCUGAGAAGGAGGAUACGAAGGCCAUAGAGCGUGCCAAGAACAUGAUCAAUGACUCUCUAAGCGCCGCUGUCGACGAGAAAAAGAAAGUGCCGAUAGACGACGAGCUUGGGAACAACAUCCUUGCUGACAGGAGGAAUAAACUAGAAACUGCUGCACAGGGAUGGCGCAAACGCGUGCCGCAAACCGAUGCGUCCCUAUUCACGGUGGCGGGCCGGCUGGAGCGGGACAAAGUUACCACCACACCGCCGCUCACUCCGCCACCUGUCUCCACCCCAGCGCCGAUGACGCCGUCAUCACCCGGCAUCCCUGUCGCCAACAAGUUCAGGGAUAAAGUUACCACCACACCGCCGCUCACUCCGCCACCUGUCUCCACCCCAGCGCGGAUGACGCCGUCAUCACCUGGCAUCCCUGUCGCCAACAAGUUCAGAUCUCGCAAGCAAGGCUCCCCGACCAACGGUUUCCUCUCGGGCCCUCUCCGUUCCGCGUCGUGCGCCGUCGUCUGCCCGGACAAGCAACCGAAGGAGGAACCCAGGAAACCGGACCGGGAGUCCUUCAAACGCAGUCACAGCGUUAGCGAAAGCAUAAGCAGCCGACUUGAUGAGAAAGAAGAAUCGCCCGGCGCCGAAAAGUCCGGUUGCCCGGUCCGAGUGCCGCGCGCCGACGAUGAGACCUUCCACGCGUUCUUUACUCCGGUUAUGGAAAAAGAACGAACGGCCGACAACGGAGUGGACGUGGAUUUGGAUGCUAUCGAUAGCAGCUCGCGGCAGAUUCGUAUUUUACUCUGGGGGAUCGCGCGCCGAUAUGAAACUUUCCUGACGUUAUUUACACCAGUAAUGGAAAAAGAACGAACGGCUGACAACGGUGUGGACGUCGACCUCGACGCUAUCGAUAGCAGCUCGCGGCAGAUGUUGGCCAACGACUGGGCUCGGCGAGCGAAGAGGGAGCGGCGCCACGCGGCGUCGCGGAACCCGCUGCGGGCGCUGGCGGCGCGCACCGACCUGCGCCAGGAGUACUCCCCGCCGCCCUCCACCCACAUCAGGGACCAACUCAUCAAGGAGAAAGCAACGGCCAACUGCGGCUUGGCGGCAGAAGCGUUAGCGGCCCUGGCAACUAAGGAGGACUUCUCAAACGUGGCGCUACGAAGCGCCUCCUCCACCGUCAUCCCCAGCCAGGGCACCAAGUCCGUCAUGCUGCUGCACGUCAAGGGCCGGCGACGGGUGCAGCCAGGGCACCAAGUCCGUCAUGCUGCUGCACGUCAAGGGCCUGCGACGGGUGCAGGUACGUCUGCUUCAUCACUUAUAGUAACAGCCAACUGCGGCUUAGCGGCAGAAGCGUUAGCGGCCCUGGCAACUAAGGAGGACUUCUCAAACGUGGCGCUUCGAAGCGCCUCCUCCACCGUCAUCCCAAGCCAGUGCACCAAGUCCGUCAUGCUGCUGCACGUCAAGGGCCGGCGACGGGUGCAGACAAGAUUGGUGGAGCCCGUCCACACGAACGUGAACCGUGGCGACUGCUUCGUCUUAAUCACGCCUGAUCAGCUGUUCCUCUACAUUGGACAGUAUGCCAAUGUCAUUGAGAGGAACCGCAGUACCGACGUGGCCCAGCACAUCCAGAACACCAAAGACCUCGGUUGCAAGAACUCCCCAGCCAUCAUCAAGAUCGACGAGCAGACCAAGAACUACUCCAACAAGCACUGGAACCAGUUCUGGUCGCUCCUCGGCCUCACCGAGGGCGUCGAGGACUACAAACCUGUCGAGACAGGACACCCCGAUGAGGACGAGAUAUUCGAGUCCUGCAUUGUACAAACCAACAUGUGCUAUGAGGUUAUUGACGAUGAAUUAAUACCUAUCAAAGAAUACUGGGGACAGAUGCCGAAGAUUGCUAUGUUGAACCAAUCAAAAACGAUAGUGUUCGAUUUUGGAUCAGAAAUGUACAUUUGGUACGGGAAAAAUGUCCCGCUAGAAAGCCGGAGACGCGCUGCCCAACUCGCCCAAGAGUUAUUCGAUGAGGGCUACAAUUAUGAAGAAUGCCAUAUCAAUCCUUUAAACGCAGCUACAUAUCAAGGUGCUAGAGAAGAUAGGAGUAGUCCAGAGAAAACAUCGAAAACUAGACCGGAAUGGGCGAUCAUGUCCAAAGUCACUCAGCACAUGGAAACUAUACUAUUUAAAGAGAAAUUCCUCGAUUGGCCCGAUUAUACUAGAGUCAUCCAAGUGAAGCCCCAAGAGAACAAAACGAAUAGCAUAGAAAUAACUCCAUGCGACGCCGAAGAAAUGUGGUCGAAUGAGUACCAGGAUCCAGAUCUCAUUUUAGAAGGAUCCCACGUCGGCCGCGGCACGCAAUACUACGAUAAGGAAAACAUGAGACAUUACGAAAUCAAAACCAAAUCGGUCUCCAAAUGGCUAAUCCAAGAUAACGAUUACCAAAAAGUUGAAAGCCAGGCUGAAAUCGGCGAGUUUUUCUCCGGGGACAGUUAUAUUAUCAGAUGGGAGUACCAGAUUACAGUUUCUGGUAGGGAGCUGAAUGGGAAACCGUCGAAACAUGCUGUGACUGGGAGAGAUCGCUGCGCUUAUUUCUGCUGGCAGGGAAAAGAUGCGUCAUCCAACGAAAAAGGUGCCGCCGCGCUGCUUACAGUCGAAUUAGAUAAAGAAAAGGGACCCCAAGUGAGGGUAGCUCAGGGCAACGAGCCACCAGCGUUCUUGAAUCUCUUCCAAGGGAAUCUGGUGGUCCAUCAAGGAAAGAAAAACACAGAUAAAAACAGAUUCAAGCUAUUCGUGACACGAGGAAACCUCUCCAACGAAGCUUACUUACUUCAAGUUCCGUGCUCAGUCAGACAGCUUCGCAGUCGAGGCUCUCUACUUCUUGUGGACACAGAAAAAGGCCGCCUAUACAUCUGGCACGGAUCCCGCAGCCUCAAACACACCAAGAGCAUAGCCAUAGAAUUAGCUAACAAGCUGAUCGCGAGAAAAUCUAGUUACCUCUUCGGCGCUAAUGUGUCUAACGUGAUUAUCACUGAGGUUAAAGAGAGCGAGGAACCAAAAGAGGUGUUGGAAGCGCUAGGCGUAGCGAAUAAGCAGUACUAUAACUCUGUACUAAGUGGGGGGAAGGAGUCGGGUGGGGAUGUGACCCCUAGAUUGUUCCAUUUCACGGAUCUGGGCGGGCAGUUCGAUGCGCACGAGGUGCUGUCGCCGCUGCGGCACGAGCGGCUGGUGACACCCUUCCCUUUUGAACAAAAGGAGUUGUAUUCGGCGUCGCAGCCAGCCCUGUUCCUGAUGGACGACGGAGCGUCGGUGUGGCUGUGGCAGGGCUGGUGGCCGCGCGGGGAGGACGGGGAACUGGAACCCGCGGAGCGAAAUACUGGUGUAGGAGCAUUCGCAGCGCGCUGGCAAGCGCUCCGCGCAGCGGCCCUGCGCACCGCGGAGGCCUACUGGGCGGCCUCGCGCCGCACCCGACCUGACGUCAAGGUCGUGGCCGCCGGCCUCGAGCCGCAGCCCUUCACCGACCUCUUCGACACCUGGGCUGAGCACGAUGACGCCGCUGAGGCCAAUAUUGCGCACGGCUACAAGGCGGGCGAGGCGCUGCGCGGCGCGGGCGAGCUGUCGCGGCUGGAGGCGCGCCAGGCCGAGCUGCCGCUGGCCGCGCUGCAGCGCCGCCCGCUGCCCGACCACGUGGAUCCACACCAUCUGGAGCGCCAUCUAUCGUCGCCUGACUUCUUGGAGGCUUUCGGCAUGACCAAAGAGGAGUUCACUGUGCUACCGGCGUGGAAGCAGACCAACUUGAAGAAGGACAUCGGCCUGUUUUGACCCGGCGGCGCGCGCGCCGGCUGAUGCCGUCCCGGACCGGACCCGGACCGGACUCCGGACCCGGACGACCAGCCGGACUAAAACUAACCGCGGCGGUCACCUAUCAUACUUUCGAACAAUUUUUGUCGGAAGAUAAAUUUUCAAAAGGAUCACAAAUCACCUUAAAAAAAUUGAAAAGUUAACAUUGGAGAAAAAUAUUUCGAAAUAUGUAUAGGUUACCGAUCGCAAUAGACUAGUAAUUUUGUACAACCACAGUUAUUUCGUACUUUUCUACUCGUACCGAAUAUCGUUGAAGGAUUUGAUACAAUAAUCGUAAUGGCACGCUUUAAGUCUGUAGUUCCGAGUGUCGUAAUUUUAUACUAAUGGAAUGAAAACUAUGUAUUCUGUCUCGUGAUAUUUUGAUGUAACCGCCGUAGACCGUAGAGUAGGUUUGAAACACGGAUUUGUAUCGGAAUUGCUUAUCGGCCGGUGUCGUGGCCUCUUCGUGUAAAUAAUUGUUUUAUUCCAUAUUUAUUUUUAAAUUUUGUUUAAUAUUAUGAAUUAUUAGGAACGCAAUAUUCACUUUUUAAUUUUAUAUGAAUUUGUAAUUGAUUAACAGUAUUUUUAAUCGGAUUCCUUAAUUAUUGUUACGUUUAACCGACGACGAGAGAGGGCAUCGAAUUGUUAGCAGUGAUAUUUACGAUAAGUUAGCGUUGUGUCAGUGCGUUUUGCCAAAGAGUUUGAGCUCGUACGACGGUCAUAACCACGAGGCGGUUUUUCUGGUCAAGUAUGGUUAUCGGUUAUAAAUCGCUAGGUAUACAACGUAUUUCUACUACUAUUAUACGCUUUAGGGUAGGAUCCUGCGUCGGCGGAGGCGUGGCUCUCGGCAUUGUGAUAUUAACUUGUAUACCGUUGAUUCGCCCGCGAAUUGUUGAUAUAUCGGUACGCGCCUCCGCCCCUGCAGGCUAUAUUUUAAUACAUCACAUAUCUAAUCUACUCAUUAGCUUACUCUUUUAUACCGUGCUGUUAGGUGGACCAUUGUAAACCGUUUUAAUAUUACUAAUCUUAUAACGUUCCCUUAAUUUCCGUGCUUUUGGCUUAGCUUGUAGUUAACUGACUGUACUCGACCAUUACAUUGACGUAGAUUUGACUUUCUGUUGCCAAAAAGCGCGAAAUGAAACGAAUUCGACUAAAAUUUUGUCUUUCGAACGAUUAAGGUUUGUACUUUAAUUUUAACGCUGUUGCUAUGUUGUGUACAAUUUUAGAAGUUUAUUUUUUAUAUCUAGCUUUAUUACGUACGUAAAUGUAUUUUUAAAUGGUGAACCAUCUGAGCGACUUGUGAUAUUUACUGGGUCUCGACUGAAAAAUAUGCCAGUAUUUGUAAUGAAGUCGGUUUCUGCCAAUGAAUAGAGUAACUCUGAUCGAGUCAUACUUUAAUGAACUACAUAUUUGGAUCUACGGAAUAUUCUGUCGCCAUGUAUUGUCAGAUGCAUUUACGGCCGGUACUCUGCGGGCCUACCGUGACAUAGACGUAUCUCUCAAAUCCAAUGUUUAAUGUUUUGCUUUGGUUGUGUUACUUAUAAUAUUAUUAUUGUAUUUGAGAUUUAUUUUGUAUAAUAAUGGUGUAAUAAAUUGAUAAAAUUGA